AAUGUCUCGAGGAAAUAUUUGAACAACUUGAACAAGACAAAUCAACACUUUACAACUGUUUAUUUGUGAAUAGAAUUUGGUGCCGAUCAACUGUACCAAUAUUAUGGAGGUUGCCAUUCAAUGAUAAUAAUAAAUUAGGAUGGAG